AUGUUGAGCAGUGCUUCACUGACCAGCACGGAGUCGAGCAGCAUAUCUGUGAUCGUCACUCCCAGCAUCAUCAGCAUCAGCUCGACCGCCACCAGAGCCACCAGCACCAGUGCUACCAGCACGAGUGCCUCCAGCUCCAGUGCCACCAGCAUCAGUACCACCCAGUCUAGCACUACUACACCGCUCUAUGUUGUAAGCAGUUCUUUGGAACUUCAAAGCUCAGGCACACAAGAAGAAGUGACACAUGCGGCGACAGAUCAUAUAGCAUCCUUUUUUGGCGUGACGGAGGACCAGAUGACCGUAGGUGUCGCCUCCACCUCGGCCCGGUCUUCCUUCAGUUCGUGGGGCGUUAGUUUUGAGAUAGCCGCACCUUUGGGUGUUGCCGAGCACGUCUUAGACGCGACAGUUGCUGCUGUUAACGAUACAGUUAAUUUCACAAGAUCUCUGCAAGCAGUCUUCCAAUCGCAAGGCAUGGUGGUGGUUCAAUCUUCUGUACGCCUCACAUCACCCGAAAUGAGAAUCGUCACUGCCACAAUGACAACCGUGAGCGCCACUUCGACCAGCACAACGCAGACUAGCACCAGCAUUACUGGGACCAGCAACACCACGCGCAGCAGCACCAACGUGACCAGCAGCACCACCGUGACCAGCACGAUGGGAACCAGCAGCGCCACUCGUAGCAGCACAAGCGCAACCAGCAGCCCCACUGUGACCAUCAAGCCUGAAAGCAGCACCGGCGCAAACAGCACCACGAGCAUUACCAGCGCGAGCGGGACCAGCAGCACCACGAGCAGCAGUGCCAGCGUUUCGAGCAGCACGAGUCGCAGAAGGACCAGCAAAUACGAGACCAACACCACUCAUGUUUCGAACAGUGAGACUCAGACCGAAUUUCGAGUAGUCGGGUCAAUUGUGCUCUUAUUUGCGGAUCCAGAUGAGGUCCUAAGCAGUCCGGAGGCGGAGAUGAUUCUGAAUUCGGUCGGCCUUACAAUCUCUCAGGUCGUGGGCUUGCCGGCAAGCUAUGUCACCGUCUGGUUCAAGGAGUCCCGGAGGCUCAAGGCCGUCACGCGCGAGCUCUCCAGCGGUGCCAUCGAGGUGAAAUACGGCAUCGAUGCGCCUGCGGAUAGCAUUGCUGCGUUUCCUGAUGUCGGCGCGGUGGAGGCGAUCAUGGACAGCGUGGAUGUCAGCUCCUUCGCAUCCCUGUUGCAGGAUAACAUCGACUCGAACGUCGGAGUGGGCGAGUAUUCGGUUCAGGUGCUGGCAAUCACGUCGAUUGCAGUCGAGGCCGAAGUUGCCGAAUCCGCCCCAGAAGGGUCGGACGAUACCGUGAGCUCCUCCACGGCGACCUUGUUCAUCAUCGGUGGGGUGGGGUGCUGCGUCGGAUGCCAGAUUCCGAUCCUGGUGCUGUUCUGGCGUGUGCGCAGUCGCCGGGCCGCGAGGCCGGGGCCCGAGGAGAACGGCCCAGCCCAGGGAGGCCUCGCCAAGCGCGGGCGGGGGGCUCAAGGCGUCCAGCUGCCCGAUGCGCCCAGCCCGCCGCCCGAGCGGCCCGAGCUGGCGCCAGGGAGCGUCGUGGAGCUGCAGGGCUCGAGGAGACCUUCUCGCACCUCAACGGCCGCCUGGGCAAGAUCGUUAAAUGGAUGCCCAGUCGUGGCCGUUACAUGGUCGAGUUUGCCGACGGCACGCGCAAGGAGAUUUGGCCCGCCAAUCUUGCGCUCGCGAAGGCGAUUCCGCCAGCGAGUGAGGAGUUUCGGGUUGACAUUACCGAGCUGCCCAUCACACAUCCCACGAGCGCGGUGCCCUUCCGAAAUGAGGUCAGCUUGUUCGACAUCACCCAACUGCAGCGGAGAAGCGAAGUGCAAGCACCCAGCCAGCCAUCCCGGCAAGUAUUUUCAUUGUAGUCAGGGGUCGGUGAUUUCGUGGAGGCGGCGUCGCCAGUGGCCGCGAGCAUUCGACUCAACAUUGCCUGGACCCAGCCGCUUACGACGCAGCCCACCAAAAGGGCAUAAGAGAGUCGCACGGUGCCCCCUCACGGUGCCCUCUCACGGUGCCCCCUCAUGGUGUCCCCUCACGGUGCCCCCACGGGAGUUUCGGAAAUCGUUUAUGAGGCUUCUGCCCGCCAUGGUUGUUGCACCUUUCACUCGAUGUUUUAUUGUUCGGAGCACCCUGAACGGGUAUCCCUUCGGUUUUCUCCCGAGGACCCGUCACGCUCAUUCGGCCAUCAGAGAUGCCGCGGGAGUGUCCAGGGUCUCAUUCUUGCUCGUCCUCCUGCUACUGGGCCUGCCGCGCCGUGCUCCAGACUCGUUCGGUACGGGCGCUCUUGCUGCUCCUUCUUCGCCACUCACAGACGGAUUGCAUGCAGCUUUCAAAUCACAUCGUCGGGCGUCCCAAGUUUGUAGUGGCGGCUCGCAGAUCCAAAUCUGUGGGACAGGCAGAGUAGAGGCACAGGUUUUGAGUCACGUCGAGGCGAAUUUGCUGUGGCGCGACUAUGUACUUGUAUCUAUAUGUGGUGCACUCCCCAGCGCUCUUACUGAGCCUGACGCGGGGGUCACUACAGCAUCGCCAGCUUACUCCUCAUCCCUGCCAUCAUCAGUUUCCCCAUCUUCUUUCACCAUCAUCAUCGUCGUGAUUACCACGGGCGGGCACUUUUAA